CCCAAACCUAAUACGGUGUCCAACUAUCACUCACCUGCGGCCUAGUGAAGUCUUUAUGCGAAGAUCGAAGAACGAAGGUCGACGAGGAGCCUGGCAGCUUGCAUCGAGCCGAGGAAGACGCUGUGAACUGCGAACACCAGCUGACCUGCAGCCACCAGCCGCGCCGCCGGACGCCGUCGAAAACUCAGCCGUGUUUUCUCUCCGGCUCUCCGCUCUGCCUGUAGCUCCUGGGCUCCAGCCUCUAGGUGACCAGCUCACCCCAUUGUGGACUUCUGAUUCUGCCCCUCCCGUCAGCCGCUUCAUGGGUAAUCUGAUCAACCGACCACAUCUACAACAGAAUCAUGUCAUCAAUCUACAUCGGCACCAACUUCUUGGGUAGCUAAUCUGCUGAGAAAAUCGUACCAAGACACCUCCCCACCCAUCAAAUUGAGCUUCAAGGAUCAAGAUCGACACUUCUAUAUUGAUUCCAGAACAAAUUCAGGCUGAGAAUGAACAGAAAAAAGAGAAUUCAAGGAAUUCAGUGGUAUUCUUUCAGAAAGAGUAGUAUUUAUAGGGAAAUGAAUGCUCUUUCCACAAAGAAAAUACAUGUCCCAAGAUCAUGCUGUCAUGUUUUGAUUGGCUGAAAAUACACAUGCCCCAAUUAACAGAAAUCUUUUUCAGAAAGGAAUGAUUGACAUGAAGUGAUUUCCUCCACUCGGGUUUGAUCCCCUCAACAAGAGCCUUCCAGCCGGGUCGUCUACAAUUCCGGAAGGUCAUCUUUUCACUUCGGAACAAGUGGAAAAACAUUGAGGAUGCUAAAUUCAAUCAACUGAUUAGUAAGAAGUACUCAAGUUGCGGCGAAAUGUUCAAAGCCUUUUCUACUCAUCUAUUCUCCAUUGAUGUUUCAAUCUACUCAUAUAUUCUCCAUUGAUGUUUCAGUCUACUCAUCUAUUCUAUAUUGAUGUUUCGGUCUUUUUGUGUUUUGGCACAUGUAUUUUUAUUUUAGGUUGCGUUUCACAUUUUUUUUGGGGUUUUCUUUUUUUAAUUGCGAGUAUUAAAUAUGACUUCCCCCUUUUGUAGGAAUCUUUUUCAGAGAGGAUUGAAUGCCAUAAAAGAACUUCCUCCACUUGGGUUUCAUCUCCUCAACUAGAGUCUUCCAGCCAGGUUGCCUACAAAUUCGGAAGGCCAUUUUCCUACUCCGAAACAAGUGGUCAGGUCUAUCAAUCAUUUGAGAUCGUUAUAUCAUCAUCAAAAUAAAGACAAUUUGGUCACCGACGUUGAACUGACAGAGGGGAUAUAUCACCACCAUACGCUUCUUUGGAGACAUUUGCAAGGCCAGACGCAAGUCUAGGUUGCCCAGAAGUAGCUAAAAAUGCAGGCCUAGCUUGCCGAGAUGCAAAACCAGAUUGCCCAUUUUAAAGCAAAAACUGUCAACCGAAUUGCGGAGUUUGGUGCUGAAACUCAGGUUGCACGUGCCUGGGCAUACAAUUCCACUCGGAGUAGUACCUACAACAUCUGCGCUGUAGCAAAAAUUUUGCACAACCAUCCUGCCCAAAACCUUCCAGAUAUUGAUGAAGCUGAAUAUGCUGAAGGGGCAAAUCCCUUGUUGGCUUAUUCGUGACAACUUCUUAGACAUUAAUCAUCUGGAAUCUAUCCAUUGGUUCUAUAAUGAACCAUUACUGGUUAGAUAUGGAUUCACUUUGCAUCAUUGUCAUGACUAACUUGCUGAUUUUUUAAAGACUUAGAUGUUUUGAUAUGUUUAGUCCUUUUUUAAGAAUUUAUUUGAUUUAUUUUUUCCUUAAAACGAAAUCAUAUAUUUUAAUAUUAAUUACUUUAGUUAAAUUAUAUAAAAUUUAGUUAAGUAAUUAAUUUUAAAAUAUAUUGUAAAAUUUGAAAGGAAAAAAUAAAUCAAAAAAAUUCUGUAAAUAGGACUGAACUUACCCAAACAUCUAAGCCCUCAAAAAAUCAGCAAAUUUGCCAUGACGAUGAUGCAAAGUGAAUCCAUCUCUAACCUGUAAUGGUUCAUUAUAUAUUUAUUAUUGGAAUUGAGCAGAAUUUAAGGUGGAGUUUGUUGUUUUAAAGAUUUAAUUAGUGAUGUUUGUGUGAGUUUGUGGCAUGAUGAUCAAGGGUCUCUUGUUUUUGAUUUUUAGUUUUUCUUAUAUUGAAUUAGAUGAGUUUGUGAGUUCUAUUAGGUGUUUCACAUUUUAAGGGUUUUUUAUUUUUGAUUAUGGGUAUUAAAUAUGAUUUUCCCCCUU